AUGAACAAUAGAAUCUUUGUUGCCCGUCUCCCAUGGUCUGUUUGCAAGAUCGCUUUGAGAAAUCACUUUGCUAAAUACGGUCCAAUCUCUGAUGGAUACGUAGUUUUGGAUCGUAUCACCAGACGUUCAAAGGGAUACGGUUUCGUCACUUUCGCCAGCCAAGAGUCUGCUCAAAACGCCGUCUCUGCUCAACACGAAAUCGAAGGAAGACAAUUGGUUGUAAACAUUGCUUUUGAUAAAAACGCUGGUUCAACUCAAAAGUCAACUCAAGACGAAGUCGAUGCUUAA